CGACAAUAUACCGAAGCAAGAGCGUACUUCUACUUUGGUUGAGAACCGAUUAAGAGGAGAAAAAGGUAGAGUGGCGGCAAAAAUGCAUUUACAGUUCAGUGAUUCUGAUUCGAGUAGCGUUCGUUAAACAUGAUGAAGGCCGUUGACCGUUUACCUUCUGCUGCUGUGCCGAAGUGGACCAACAGCUCGUGCUGAGGGUCCUGGCUGAAGACCGCAAUUGUCGUGUCGAUCAUCCUCGGGGCGGCCGCCAGUCAAGAAACAAGGAGGCCACACCGCAAGAAAGAGGUCUUGGAUCAUCACUGCCUUUUGGAGACUACACGAUCAUAAACGGCUAGAGUUUCUUCCGCUUGUUCAUCCCGGCCGCGGCACGAUGAUCAGCUCCAUUAUUUUGCUGAACCAGAAGGGCGACAUACUGGUAUUGCGGUCCUACAAAGAUGACGUUUUGCGAAGCGAAAUAGAAAAGUUCGCGGAGGUGGUAGUGUCCGCAAAGGAGCUCCAAGAACGCCCGAUUCAUCAAUUGGACAACUGCUACUUCCUGCACGUGACCUCGGGCGAGGUGACGCUCGUGGCGGCGACAAAGAAUGACGUGAACUGCGUGCUGGUGUUCAAGCUGUUGUACAAGCUGACCGAGCUUUUUAAGUCCUACUUUCAGGGCACCGCAGGCUCUUCGCUCAUGUCCUCGGCCUUUCACUCCGCGCCCGCGAGCGGGGCGCUUACCGAGGCAGUCAUCCACAAAAACUUCGUUCUCAUCUACGAGCUGCUGGACGAGGUGCUCGAUUUCGGAUAUCCUCAAGUUCUGGAGGCGGAGGUGCUGAAGAAGUACAUCACGCAGGGCAAUUCAGCCGCCCUGGUUCAAGACGAAGAGCAGCUGAAAAAAAUUACCAUUCAGGCCACCGGAAAUUGCUCCUGGCGGGGCGAAGGAAUCAAAUAUAGGUGUGGAGGGUCGCAUUUUUUAAUGUUAUUUUACAAGGCUGGCCCGGGCGGAGCCCGGGCGCUCUUGUGGAUAGGUCCCGGACCACCCAGUACCAGACCACCCGGAACGGGACCACCCGGAACCGGACCACCCGGAACCUUGAUCCCCAUCCAACGCCUCGGCCCGGGUCGCUGGAUAAGCCCUCUUCGACCUGCUGGCCAACCUCGGGCCGGCCCCUAUCCCACUCCCCGGCCCAGGGCGCUAGAUCCGCCGAUGGCAGGUGGACAGCCGCAACCACCAAACAACGCCUCAGCCCGGGCCACUGGAUCCUCCAAGGCCUGCUGGCCAGCCUCGACCGACCCCCAUCCAACGCCCCGGCCCGGGGCGCUGGAUCCGUUGGUCGCAGGUGGGCGCCCCCAGUCGCUCUCCACCCAAUGCCUCGGUCUUGAGUCGCGGCACCAAGGUCCCACCCGCCUCAAGCAGCGGGGCGUGCUUGGUGCCGUGAGUCGCGGCACCACGGGCCCAUCCGUCUCUUGCCCCCUCCCGGGAGCGGGGCUUGGCUUGGUGCCUCGAGUCGCGGCACCAAGGUCCCAUCGAUCCACCCCGCGUCCCGGGGGCGUUCUUGGGGCCGUGACUCGCGGCACCACGGUCCCACCCGACCCUCGCACCCUCCCGGCAACCAGCGGAGCUUGGCUUGGUGCCUCGAGUCGCGGCACCAAGGUCCCACCCGCCUCAAGCAGCGGGGCGUGCUUGGUGCCGUGAGUCGCGGCACCACGGUCCCAUCCGUCUCUCGCCCCCUCCCGGGAGCGGGGCUUGGCUUGGUGCCUCGAGUCGCGGCACCAAGGUCCCAUCGAUCAACCCCUCGCCCCCGGGGCGCGCUUGGUGCCGUGACUCGUGGCACCACGGUCCCACCCGUCCCUCGCACCCUCCCGGCAGCCAGCGGGGCUUGGCUUGGUGCCUCGAGUCGCGGCGCCAAGGUCCCGCCCGCCCCAAGGAAGCAGUGGGGCAUGCUUGGUGCCGUGACUCGCGGCACCAGCCACGGUCCCAUUCGCCUCUCGGUCGCCCCCUCCGCCCCGGCAGCGGGACUUAGCUUGGUGCCUCGAGUCGCGGCACCAAGGUCCCGCCCGCCCCAAGCAGCGGGGCGGGCUUUGUGCCGUGACUCGCGGCACCACGGUGCCAUUCGCCUCUCGCCCCCUCCGUCCCGGCAGCGGGACUUAGCUUGGUGCCUCGAGUCGCGGCACCAAGGUCCCAUCGAUCCACCCCUCGUCCCGGGGGCGUGCUUGGUGCCGUGACUUGCGGCACCACGGUCCCACCCGUCCCUCGCACCCUCCCGGCAGCCAGCGGGACCUGGCUUGGUGCCUCGAGCCGCGGCACCAAGGUCCCGCCCGCCCCGAGGAAGCAGAGGGGCGUGCUUGCUGCCGUGAGUCGCGGCACCACGGUCCCAUUCGUCUCUCGCCCCCUCCGUCCCGGCAGCGGGGCUUGGCUUGGUGCCUCGAGUCACGGCACCAAGGUCCCAUCGAUCCACCCCUCGUCCCCGGGGCGUGCUUGGUGCCGUGACUCGCGGCACCACGGUCCCACCCGUCGCCGUCCCUCGCACCCUCCCGGCAGCCACCGGGGCUUGGCUUGGUUGGUGCCUCGAGUCGCGGCACCAAGGUCCCACUCGCCUCAAGCAGCGGGGCGUGCUUGGUGCCGUGAGUCGCGGGACCAAGGUCCCAUCCAUCCACCCCCCGUCCCCGGGGCGUGCUUGGUGCCGUGACUCGCGGAACCACGGUCCCACCCGCCCCUCGCACCCUCCCGGCAGCCAGCGGGGCUUGGCUUGGUGCCUCGAGUCGCGGCACCAAGGUCCCACCCGCCUCAAGCCGCGGGGCGUGCUUGGUGCCGUGAGUCGCGGCACCACGGUCCCAUCCGUCUUUCGCCCCCUACCGGCAGCAGGGCUUGGCCUGGUGCCUCGAGUCGCGGCACCAAGGUCCCAUCGAUCCACCCCUCACCCCCGGGGCGUGCUUGGUGCCGUGACUCGCGGCGUCACGGUCCCACCCGUCCCUCGCACCCUCCCGGCAGCCCGCGGGGCUUGGCUUGGUGCCUCGAGUCGCGGCACCAAGGUCUCGCCCGCCCCAAGGAAGCAGCGGGGCAUGCUUGGUGCCGUGACUCGCGGCACCACGGUCCCAUUCGCCUCUCGCCCCCUCCGUCCCGGCAGCGGGACUUGGAUAGGUGCCUCGAGUCGCAGCACAAAGGUCCCAUCGAUCCACCCCACACCCCCAAAACAAGCUUGGUGCCGUGACUCGCGGCACCACGGUCCCAUCCGUCUCUCGCCCCCUCCCGGCAGCAGGGCUUGGCCUGGUGCCUCGAGUCGCGGCACCAAGGUCCCAUUGAUCCACCCCUCGCCCCCGGGGCGUGCUUGGCGCCGUGACUCUCGGCACCACGGUCCCACCCGUCCCUCGCACCCUCCCGGCAGCCAGCGGGGCUUGGCUUGGUGCCUCGAGUCGCGGCACCAAGGUCCCGCCCGCCCCAAGGAAGCAGCGUCGCCGGAUGUUGUGCGACCUCGCCGGAGGUUGUCCAUCAAACCCACGGCGAGGGGUACCGCAGACCACCUCCCGGGGUACCAGGGACCCACCCCCGGGGGUACCACCGCAAAUCCCAUUUCCGCAUUGGUAUCCAUGGGUCAAAGGUGGGUUAGGUGGUGGGUCGUUGGUGGGUCGCUGGUGGGUCGUUGGUGGGUCGGUGGUGGGUCUGGUGGGUUCCUCAUGGGUUGCUCGUGGGUCAAACAUGGGUAGUCUAAAUUAAUAUAUUAUGUAAUUGUUAUGGUUUCUUAUUCUUUCUGCUCCUGCAUGAGCAUGAACAACUAUUACUGCACUGUGUGUGUGUGUCUGACGAAAUUGUGAUAUUUUUGCUCCUGUAGUGUGUGAUGGAGAGAUAAAACGUGUAGUUUCAACAUCAUCUUCAACGUAACUCGUGACAUGGCCGUAUGUGGAAAAAGAUGAAGAUCUCAGAAGUAGUGUUACGAUGUACAUAAGGAAGUGAAAAAUCCAAAUCUUGUUCCAGGAAAAACGAAGUCUAUAUUGACGUGAUCGAGUCCGUGAAUGUCUUGCUAAGCAAUUCCGGUACACUUCUCCGGGCCGAUGUUUCCGGACAGAUCAUGGUGAAAGCCCUGCUCAGCGGAAUGCCCGAAUGUACUUAUUACCUUUUGCUUGUUCGUCCCAUAGUAAGUAUCAAGCUGUUGUGGUUCUCCUUCUCAGCACUUCUAGAUUGGAAGCAUGAGAUGACGGAUGAAGGCAAUACAUUAUACUCGUCAACAAGGUAAGUUUGGGAUGAACGACAAGUUGGUACUCGGCGGGCAGGCAGCGGCCGGCGGGGCAAGUGGCGGCGUCAAGACGAGUCAACAAGGUCAGAUCGUGAUGGACGACUGUCGCUUCCAUCAGUGUGUGCGGCUGAGCAAGUAUGACACCGAGAAAACCAUCACCUUUAUUCCGCCCGACGGCACGUUUGAAUUGAUGCAGUACCGGAUCACGGAAAACAUCCAGUGCCCCUUCAAGCUCCUUCCGCUCGUACAAGAGCGGGGGCGGAAUAGGCUCGAGGUUUCGCUGAAGGUGAAGUCGCUGUUCGACGCAAACUGUUACGCCACAAACGUGGUGCUUACCAUCCCGGUACCCAAGUCCACCACCCGGGUUAUGGUACACUCCGCCACCAACGGCAAAGCCAAGCACGAACAGAGCGACCUAGUCUGGCGGAUACGCCGGUUUUAUCAUGAGGAAAAAUUAUUAUCCCCCUACUUAGUACCCGCCAUGGUCAAAAAGGCACUUAAGUAGUAAGUGCAGGUGAGGAAUCUACCGCCAUGGUGCCGAACAGCUAGAACUCUACUAGUUCUUACGCAGUAGUUUUACUUAAGUUAGUAGCAUCCGCUCAAGAUGAUGCAAUCCUGGAAGACAACAUGAUUUCGUUUGUGUGCACAAAUCUACUGCAUCAGAACAAGAGUUUCCAGUUUCAAUAUGUACAUGGGAAGAGGGGGAUUUUUUAUUUUUCAUAGGCUUCCCGGCAACACCGAAAACACGCUGUCUGCCGAAGUGGAACUUAGCAGCGACGAUCUAACGACGGGGUUGCCCCUGAGUGCGGCACCCGCAGGCGGUCCCGGAACUGCUCAGGUUGGAGCGAGCACCGCGACGAAGUGGGUGCGACCCCCGAUCAGCAUGGACUUUCAGGUGCCCAUGUUCACAGCGACAGGGUUGCGGGUAAGAUUUCUGCGCGUGCAGGAAAAAAGCAACUACCGCCCUGUCAAGUGGAUUCGCUACAUCACCAAGGCAGGCUCCUAUCAGCAUCGAAUUUAGGCACAAAGACCGGGGGGCGUCAGGAGUGCUGUUCUGCUUCUUUUGCCCGUGCGUAGUAACGUGAUCGAAAACGCAAACGCAUGCAGGAGAAGCAAGUGGCCGAAAUACCCGACCUCCGCGGUACCAU